UCUAAGACAGAAUGUGACGGGUCCAAAGGCCCCUUUGGAGCCACAUGGGUGAGGCAGAAGAGAGCCCCGUGGUAGCAAAAUGUGCUUAGCCGGCUUUGGUCUUGAGUCUGCAUUCACUGAUGCAUAAAUAGACUUGCAUGACCUAAAUCCCUGGUGUUAUCUUUUUAAGCAUAGUCCUGCUGAAACUUACAGACAGCAACUCCCGGGUUUCAUGUGGGGAAAACUGAAACGCCAAAGAAACACUUGCCACAACAGGCCCCGGACCCUCCCAAGACUGAACGUACCUUCCUCCUUCUAAAGUACAGGCUUCAGGCAAAGAUUGCAUGAGGUCUGAACAAACUCAUCUGGAGACCAAAAGAUUGGUUUUACAAGAAGAACGAGAGGACAACAGACAUUUAACAACAUCCAGCCCUAGAGCGUAAUGCCGACUACAGCCUCCAAGCUGGAAAACGUCCAGGCUAGAGCACAGCAGGAUUGGAUCCUAGUGGCACCUUAGAGGGCAGAGCACAGAAUCAGGAAAUCAACAGAAAAGGCACGGACAGCACUGCUAUGCCUGGUCCAAGGAACAACCUAAAGACUCACUAUGAGAAACCGAACACUGGCACCAGGGUAGAGGCAAUGAUGCGUGAGAGGAACUUGGUGCUCUCAGAAAGCCAGUCUCAUUCCAAGCACUCUGCUCCUGCCACUGCCCCCUUACAGGAUUUAACCAAAGAGGACGCUCUGAACCCAUCUUUUGUGGCUACUGUCCUGCGAUCCUUGCUGGCUGUUGAUCUUUGGGCCUCCAAACAGUUGGGGGUGUACGCUAGAGAGGAUUCUGCUUGGGCUAGCGCACGGCUGCUCAUGAAGGCCAUAGAGAUCUUGGGAGAUGGUUACCCCUGGCUAGCGGGCACAUUGUGCGGCCUCUACAUAACCGACAGCCCAACUGGGAGAGAGGUGCUGAUCAACUUGCUCUUCGCUCUGGUACUCGAUCUGAUUUUGGUGGGAGUGCUGAAAGGGCUGGUGAAAAGAAGGCGCCCAACCUACAAUGAGACGGAUAUGUUCAUCACCAUCUCCGUAGACAAAUAUUCCUUCCCGUCAGGCCACUCUACCAGAGCAGCCAUGGUCAGCAGAUUCGUUCUUGAAAAUCUUACACUGGCUGUCCCUCUGCAAGUCCUGGUGGUACUUUGGGCCCUUGUUGUGGGGAUUUCCCGCGUCAUGCUGGGCAGACACAAUGUGACUGAUGUGCUCUUCGGACUGGUCAUGGGCUACAUGCAGUACAGCGUGGUGGAGUACUUCUGGUUGUCCCCUGCCACGGUUCCUGCUCUCUUUACAGCACGGAGCGAGUCCAAAUGCUUAGCACACAACUUAUAAAACUUCAUCAAGCUUUACCGGGCAAGCAAGACUUACGGACGGAACCAGCACAAUUCAUUCCGAGUGGCGCUAUGACCCAGAAGAGUAAGUGGGUGUUACCUUGUUCACUGAAUGGACACAAACUUGCCCGUGCAACUGUACAAACCAUCCAGUUGUAAAA